ACUUUUCAAUCGUUUAUUUAUCAUGUUUAUCAAAAUGUCUCAGUUCAUAUAUUUUGGUAUCCCCAUAGUAUUUAUUUUUAGGGAAAGUUCUUAGCGAAUCCAUCGGCUUUCCGCCAAAAAGGUUUGUAAAAGAAUUGCGUUCCUUCUGAAGACUUUUCUACUCAAGAACAGUGAGGGUCUGGAUACUAACAGUAUUUCAAGCAACCUUGGUAUUCAAAGAACUUCUGUGUAUACACGCUGGAAAUUGAGGAACUAUUUGUUCAGUAAUAGCGUGUUCUAGCUGCAAGAUAAGGGGACAAAAGAUGCUUAGGAUUCAGGAGAUCUAAGCUAUGGUAUUAUCCAGUGGUUAGAUUCUUAAAACAGCUAGUUAUGAAGAGGGCAAACACAGCACCCACUCCUGCUAUUCAGAAUGAUCACCAGGCUGUGUCUGAUGAUGCCACAUCUAAGGGAAGGUAUAAAAGUGUGCUGUUGACUUCUCAGCAGGGUUCGCCAUCAUCUUCCACACUAGCGCCAGGGUUUCUACAUUCAUUUGGAUUUGCUAAAACCACAGCAUCAUCUGAUGCCGGAUCCAGUGAGUCCAGUGUGGAACCCACCCAACAAACUUCAAGCGUACUUGAUGGGAGUGGAAAUUGUCAAUCCAAUCAUUCUGACAGUUUACUGCCAAGACAGGAAAACAAUUUAAAGAAAGAAAAACACGUUGAUCUCUCGGAGUCACAACUUAAUUUCCUAUCACAUAACUUAUCAGAAAUUGCUGAUAGAAUAUCGCCAUCAAAAUAUGAUAUCAUGAUUGAAACAGACUGCGAACCCUCAGAAACUUUGAUGGAUGAUAAUGAAGGGCAGUCCUUACAGGCAGCCUUCUCCAAUGCUGAACAAUCCCGCUUAAAAACUCCAUACGCCAGGCCAAGAAGAGGAUCUAAGACCUAUGUGUCUAAACAGAAGAGUUUUACCAGGAGAGGGUCUCAGGGCCAUCACCUCUACAGCUCCUACCAGGAAAUGACAAACAGUGAAGACAUUUCUGUGGAUACUACCAAUAUCCUAACUCUUAGUAACCAAGAAGCAUUUAAGCAUGAUAGUGAAAGUGAUUCUGGGUAUAGUUCAUCAAUGUCAGCCUCUAUUAGCUUGAGUGAAGAAAUUGAAGCUUCAAAGAGGCUUAGCUUAGAAAAUGGAUCUGUGACGGACGUUGACACUGAUGAUCUCUCAACUGGUGGAGAUGAUAUCGUGAGAAAAAACUCUACUCGCCCACUAUUGCGUCAAAGCUCAAGCAAUCUUGAGGAAAGGCUGGAUUCUUUAAUUCAUGGAAUGUCAUCUGAAAUUGAUAAGCUUGAUUUAAAUGGUGAAUUAACAGCAGGAAAGGAAUGUCCUUCUCUAGAAGGUGUAUCAAAUACCUUAGAUGAAUCAUUGGCAAGUUUUAAGUUAUCUUUUCCUGACGAUCACGAAAAAGAUCAACCCAAGGAAAAAUCGAAAGAACUUUCAGAUAAUUUAGCAAAACCACCCUUUCCUGUUAAAAACAAAAAGAUGUCUUCAGAUGAUAGUGCUUUACCCAGAACGAAAAGCAGUAGAAGACCUGGUGUUCUGCGGCGACGAACCACUUUGGUAUCUUUUCGUCCUCCAAAACAAAUGACAGUCCAAGAAGGAGAGAGUGACAUUGUUGAAAUGGAUGAAGCUGGUUUCUUGCAGAUGUUGACAGACGUUAAAUCUUUAAAGACUCAGUUACUAAAAUUGAAACGUGAAUUACAAGAGGUAGAUGUUGUCUCUCCACUGAUGCAUUCACAAUCCUCUGUGGUGAGAAGAGCUUCUUUUUCUGUUGAUGCAGAUCCUUCAAUGGACAGAGCUUCCACAGUUUAUCGAAAGAGAAUGCUUUUGAGGAGAACAAUGACAAUGGAUGCUGCAGCAAUGCAAAAGAAACUUCACAAGACUAGAAAUGAAACCCCCUCCUCAUCAGUGGAUGCAGGAUCAGAGAACCUGGGUGAUAUCACAGAGAGAUCAGAAUCACCGAAUAAAACAAAGGAGGCCUUGCCAGUGGCUGCAGCUACAACUGAGGAAAGUACAGAAGAACUGAGGAAACUACGUGAAGAACUGGGAGAAGUGAAAAACCAGCUUGUUGACCUCACUCAAGAGAGAAACUCUCUGAUGAUAGCAAGAGAAGAACUUGAACAUGAACUAGACAGCAAGAAUCACACGAUCAGAAUGCUUCAAAAACAACUGGAAGCUCAAGACAAUCGAGACGAGAUAGCUUACUUCAAGAGACAAGUUAAGUCUCUGACAGAUCAGAUACAACAACAGCAACAGAAGAUCACAGAACUGAGAUAUCGAUCCACCAGCCCUGGUCCUGUUCCCUUGGGGACGGUUCCAAACUUUCAGAAUAAAAAGGAGACAGUGAAAGCAGAUAUCAGGAACCGCCUGAGAGAUGCCUUUGUGAGACAUUUAGGAGAGUCAUCAAAGAGUCACAUUCAGCUGAGCAAAUACAUCCAGAAAGCGGAGCAGAACAUCACCAUGGCUCAGAAAGGUCUUAGCUCGUUAUAUUCAUCACCCGUCCUAUCACCUCACGCCAGCACCGAGCAUCUGCCGAAAGACAAAUCGGGAGCUUCGUUCGAAAGAUCCGAUUCCCAAUCAAGCGUUGAUAGAAGCCAAGAGGAUUCGGAUGGGCGAGAAUACGAAUCAGACUCUUCUAAAUCACGCAGACAAGGAAAUUCAUCGUCACACACCGGAAAAAGUAACGAAGAUUCGGGAUCAGAGGCAAGAAAAUCUGGGAGAAGAAGCGUCGCUAGUCUAGGGACUUCUGUAAGUCAGGAAGAACCUGAUGGGAGAACGUCGGAUUCAGAUUCGGAAAGGUCAAGCAGAUUGCGAUUAGCGUCUUCAUCGUCUGAAGGAGACGCAGAAAAACUAAACUGUACAGUUUUAGAAUUAAAUUCCGCCACCAAAACAGGAGUGCGGAAAGAUAGUACAGAUUCAGCUAAAGGAAGCAGACCCUCCUUACAACGCCCAAGAAAAUUGUCACGGUCAAAAUUAUUGAGCAAGAUAGAGUCUUCUCCACUGUCGCAUUCAUGGACGCCUGGUGCAAUUGAAAAGAUUGUAAAAUCGUGGAGGGAAGCUAAAUCGCCUGAGGCGCAGGAUAAAACUAAGGAAGACGAUAGCAACCUUAAGCAUGUGUCUCACGUUCAGUUUCUUUGAAAAACGACGCCUGACAACUGCAACAUCGUUCGCUCAAAAAAAGGUUAGAAAUGAUAGGGAAAUACAAGAGAGAAAAUAGGGAUUCGUAAAAGGGCUAUGGAUGGU